AUGUCUCGUGUAUCACGCGGGAAACGCCCCGCCGCCUCCGUCUCUGGUGACGAGUCGGAGCCUGGUUCUCACACCGCCAGCGAUUAUGACUCCGAGUCAUCCAGACGUUCUCGACCUCGUCCAAGGAGAGGCGGAGACGGACCUAGCAACGGUAUUAAGUCAGAGAACCAUGGCUUCGCUAGUUCGAGUGGAACGAUGUUGAACGGCAAUUUGGCCGCCCAUGACGAUGACAAGUUCAAGCCCGGUUCGGUUGUUCGAGUGCUGGUAAACAAUUUUUGCGCAUAUACAAAGGCCGAGUUUUUUCCUGGACCGUAUCUGAACAUGGUGAUCGGACCCAACGGAACCGGAAAGAGCACAUUGGUAAACGCCAUAUGUCUCGGGCUGGGAUAUUCGCCGAAGCUCCUCAACCGUGCUGACGUCGUGAGCGAGUUCGUCAAGCAUGGAAAGUCCACAGCCUUCGUCGAGAUAGAGCUGAAGAAGCUUCCGCGGGACAGGGAAAACUACAUAAUCAAACUCAGAAUCAAGCGAGAAAACAACUCUCAAAAGUUCUGGCUGAAUGGAAGGGAGGCUCCUCAAAAGAAGAUCCAGACCCUCGUCCGAAACCUUAAUAUCCAAGUCGACAACCUCUGCCAGUUCCUUCCUCAGGAUCGGGUUGCUGCGUUUGCAGGUUUAGGGGAGGUACAACUUCUUGACGAGAUGCUCCGAGCAGCCGCGCCACAAAAUGUCAUCAACUGGCACCUACGACUCAAAGAGCUCUACAAAGAUCAGGCAGAGAUCCAAAAACAAGUCAGAGCCGAUACCGAAAGGCUCGAAGGUCUUCAAAACGCCCAGCGAAACAUGCAAGCCGACGUAGAUAGGGUCAAGGACCGCGAAGCUGCUCAGCGUAGGGUCGAACUCCUUCGUGCCGCACUCAUUGCAACUCAAUACACCGAAGCAGCGGAAAGGUUUCGCGAUGCGAAGGGUGAAAGGGAGAGGGCCACUGCCCGGGUACAGCAACUGGAGGAGGAAAAUGAACCUUCGCUACAGGCUGUCACGGAGCGCGAAAUGUACCGGGAUCAGGUUGCCGCUGCUGUUGAGUCUCGCAAGGGAGCUCUGCGUAAUGCCGAGCGGGCAGCGGAUAGACUCCUAGAUGGUGUCCGCCAAGCCGAGGACGAGGUUGCGAAGCACGAAGCAGCAAUCACAGCCCAGGUAGAUAAUCACAGGAAGAAGAAGGCUGUUGUUGGCGAGAUACGAAGAAAAAUCAACCAGCUCGAGGCCCAGCAAAAGAGCGAACUACCCAAGUUCGAUUCUGCCGAAUGGAACAUGAAGAUUCGAGAACAAGAACAUAAAGCGAGAGAUCUCCAAAGCCAACUGAACGACCUUAACUCCAAGGUCACCAGCAUCACUAAGGACAUGGUCGACAAAAAGACCCAAGCCCAAGGGCUAAAACACCAGCUCGAAGCUCUCGGAACUCGGCAAGGCAAACAGCUAUCGGCACUGAGAGCCAUCGACGCCGAUGCCCUGAGAGCCUACGAAUGGCUCCAGCAGCAUGCUGAUGAGUUUGAGAAGGAGGUCUUCGGACCGCCACUACUUACUUGUUCGGUGAAAGACGACAAGUACUCUGAUCAUAUACAGGCCAUGCUUCAGAAGCGGGACCUCGUUUGCUUCACCGCGCAGACCAGAGCAGACCACGCAAAGCUUAGUAGGCAGUUCAUCAAAGAGAUGGGGUUGUCGGUUUCUCUGCGCACGUUCACGGGGUCCCUCGAGGAAUUCAAGCCAAUGGUGAAAGCCAAAGACCUGGGCUUCGAUGGGUUCGCCAUUGAGUUUAUGGAUGGACCACCUCUCCUGCUGGCUCAAUUCUGCGCCACCAGCGGUCUGCAUAAAGCCGGCAUCUCCCUUGACGAGCUGAGCGAGGGGCAGUACGAACGGCUCAACGCCCAAGACUACGUUAGUUCAUGGGCGGCAGGUAGAACUUUGUAUAAGAAGAUGCAUCGCAGGGAGUACGGCGAUGCGGGAAAGUCGACCUCUACCAAAGAUAUCAGGCCCGCUACAUUUUGGAAGGAUCAGCCCGUCGAUUCGACGGAGGCAGAGGAGCUUAGGAGGAAGCAAGGCGAACUUCGGCUUCAGUUCUCUGAGCUAACCGACCAAAGGGAGACGCUGAAGGGGGAAAUUGAUGGCAUCUUGAAGGAGCUGGAGGAGGCGAGGUCGAAGCUGGAUCAACUGAAAGAAGAGAAAGGCGCUCUCCAGGCCCAGUACACGCGGUGGAAAGGAAUACCUCUCAGGAUCGAAACCGAGCAGAAGAAUCUGGAAAGGGCCAUAGCAGAAAUGCGAGAGACGAAAGCGGAAGCUAACCGCCUCAUCGAGGCCCGCAUUGACGCAGCAGCCCAAUUCCUCCGAGCGGCCCUCGCGCAUAGCGAGGCGAUCGAAGCCGUCCGCACGGCACACAGAGACUGGAUCGACGCAUCCAUCUGCCUGAUCGAGGCCAAGUCUGAUGUUACUGGCCUUCAAGAGAGGUCCAGGGCGAUCAUCGAGCUGUGCGAGGCCGAGCGGAGGAACCUGGAGGCUGCUCGGGUUCUCGAGAGGGAGAGCAAAGCAGAGGCUCGGCGACUCAGGGACCUAAUCCCGCAGCUCCAAGAACAAUUCGGCCAAGAGUUUACGGAACUCGCCGAGAACAAGACCUCCAGCGACGUCGAGGACGAGAUCGCCGCCGAGGAGGAGAGGCUCGGGAUGAUUUCGGACGUGCCACAGAAUACCCUCCAGAAAUACGAUCAGAUCGUUGCCUCCAUCACCAAGCUGGAGAAGCAAGUUGAGCUCGGCCGCGGGAAGAUUGAGCUGCUAGGAUCGGAGAUUGAUGACUUGCGGCGGAGGUGGGAGCCGAGGGUCGACGAGCUCGUGGAGAAGGUCACAGAGGCGUUUGGUUACAACUUUCAGCAGAUUGGUUGUGCUGGUGAGGUGAGGCUUCACAAGGACGAGGACUUUGAGAAGUGGGCUUUGCACGUCAUGGUCAGCUACAGGCCACAAGAGGGACUCAUCCGCCUUACCGCUACACGCCAAUCCGGCGGCGAACGCACCGUAGCAACAGCCUUCUUCCUCCUCGCGCUCCAAGGCAGCGCGCAGGCGCCAUUCCGAGUAGUCGAUGAGAUCAACCAAGGCAUGGACCCCCGCAACGAACGCAUGGUCCACAACCGCAUGGUCGAGAUUGCCUGCCGCGAGCACAACAGCCAGUACUUCCUCGUCACGCCCAAGCUCCUGACGGGGCUCCGGUACGACGAGGGCAUGACGGUGCUGUGCGUCGCGAGCGGUACACAUAUGCCGGAGGAGACGGAGAGGCUGAAUCUUGCGGAGUGUCUUGCUCUUCAGAAGCGGGUUAUGGCUUCGGCUGCUGCUUAG